UAUAUAUAUCACAUAACAACAGAAAAUAAGUAACUGGCAACAUGCAGGAAAUAAUGACAUAACAAAUGACGCAAAAGGAGGAGGAGGAACUAAAACUAGACAAGGGUUGAUGUUUUCACAUCUGCACAGUAAGGAAAUACUUGUGGCUGUAACAUGAUGAUAAAUCUCCAUACCGCCAUAUGGACCCUGAUGUCUUUGAUUCUGUCGGGCACUCUUGCUGCUAACUGGACAGUGCGUGUUCCUAAGGAUCCAGUUUAUGCUCCUUCUGGUUCUUCUGUAGUUUUGGAGUGCACCUAUGACUACCCUGAAGAGUCUGACCAGGGAAAACUGCACAAAGUACAGACAGAGAUGUGGUGUCUGAACGAAAGCCGCUGCAUUACUCCCAAAUACGUGUACCACAGUGCAGGGAUAUUCCCUGAGCCCUCAUACCAGGGCCGAGUCAAGUACUUGGGGCAGACAGGGAGCAAAAACUGCUCUCUGAUGUUAUCUGAUCUGAGGUCAGAAGACAGCGGCAUGUACGUGUUCCGGUUCAUCACCGACCAUCUGAAGGCCAAGCUACCAGGACAGAGAGGAGUGAAUCUACAGGUCACACAUCGGAUAGAAACAAGAAGUGCAUCUUCAUCCACUCCUGGCAUUGUGCUUGGAGUAAUUAUCAUGCUUAUAAUAAUAGCAGUCAUUGUGGUACUCAUCAGACGCAAGUCACGGGCAGAGAGUUUAAUUUAACACAGAGGAUGAAAAAGAGAAUACUUUUGACUGUAAACAAAACAGAGAUGUAAACCAAUAGUUAUGUUCUUUUUUUUGUCACUUUUACAUUCAUUUUCAUGCAUUUUUGCAUCCAUUACAGUCUGUAUUAUUUAUUCAUUCAUAUUAUUUCCUGCACAUCAAACGGUAUGUUUUAUUCUCAUAUUUCACUUUUUGCAGUCUAUUGCAUGUCAUAUUGUAUCUUACUUUUUGCAUGUCACUGCCGCUGUGUUGCAUGUCAGGGUGACCACACUGCUUUCAGCCCAUGAACUUGUAACUGAACAACACAUUUUCUUGACAGAGUCUGUAAAAAGAGAAGAUUCUGGUUUUGUAUAAAUAGUAAGAAACUUAUUAAGCCAGCAGAAAAAAGAAAACAGGAAAGAAAACCUUGUUU